UUCUAUGUGAAAUUGCUGUAAGUACUUCUCACGCCUCGCAUGUUUCUGCGACAGAACAUAAUCCAUCAAGUUCAAAAGCUGAGAGAAAAGAAAACACUGGUACCACAAAACAAUCUGCAAAUGUUGCAAAAAUAAUGAAGAAGGAACGUGUUUCCGACGUUUCUUCUGCCAGACAGGAAGGUGGAUAUCCAGAAGCACAGGAGCCGGAAGAGCAACUUAAGAUCAAAAGUGAAUGUGGCAGUGACAUAGAAACUCCAUCUUCGAGUGAGAAAGACGAAGAGUGGUUGCCACGUAAAGUAAAGCAGUCAGAAACGAAUGCUAAUGUAUCCGUCACAGAAACACCGAAGAAAAAGGAGAAGAAGGAAGAAGAGAUAGUUAGCAGAGUUGCUUUAAACAACAUGGAAGUGGUUGAUGGUUACGUUACGAUUGGUUCCCUGGGAACCAAAGUCUUAGCAGACAGCUAUGAUAGAGUUGAUUGGAGUUGCUGCGCAAAGGCGACUAGAGGAUUGAUGGAUCUUCUCUUUAGCAGGCCUGUAAUGGCAACCUCUUCACUCUCUGGUAAACGUAGUCCAGCGUUCAAAGAUAAACAGAUAAAACCGCAAUUAAAUCCGGUUAUAAUCAACGACAUAACCGAGUGUGUUAUGAGAGAACUAAAAGAAUUGAAUGUGUUGAAGAGUGCAGUACGACACGUGAUGACCACCAAAUGCGCUGAUGAGUGUAAAUUACUGAAGAAACAGUCUUCUGAGAAAAGAUCUGUCAAACGCAAGUAUCACUCCUUGUAAGGAAUGAUGAAUUUGUUCAACAACCCAAUCCCAUUGUUAGGCAUUAUAUCACAACA